AACGCGUGAGACUGCUGCAUUAUUUCGGAACCGUAACGCUUGCACGAAAAAUGUCUCACGCCGCCCUCUGGCUACGUACAUAUUUUUUUUGAUGGCGAAUUGAUAAUGACGAUGACUUGAUACAAAACUACGUAUAUCCCUAAAAAUGCGCCGUUCGCACACCCACUCGCCGCUUCGCGACGCGCUCACCCGCGGGUGCUGCGCCGUCGGUUGGUUGUUAAUACUUCACCCCUCCACCGCGGCGACUGCAACUCCUCCCGCAUCCUCCGGGGAAGCAACGAUGCAGGAAAACGAGAGCCCGACCGUCUUUCCGAAGGUUGCGGUGUGUCUCCGUGGGCUCGGGGGCGCGCGCGACGUAUUUCAUCGAUGGCGGGAGCACGUGUUUCCAGCCUUUGGCGGGGAUCCGGACGUGUACCUCGUAACCUCCAUGUCACGAAAGCAGCUGGAAGAGGAGUUCUCGGCCCGGAUACAGUGCCCACCGAACAAAAACGAGCCGCGCGCGCACUAUCGCAGCACCUGGGCCUCGUCCACCGGGCCGAGGCCGCCGAAGCGGAUCGGCGCAACCACAAAAAAGGUUGAUCCCACGAAACAAAAAUCGUCGCCGCACGAAACGCAACGGACCGCCUUUCUGGAAGCGUGCAGCACGACGGGGGAUGCGGCCGGCACAGAUGAGGGCUUCGUGUAUAUCAUUUGUAAAAACGUCCCCACCCCAUAGUUGUAAUGCCAUUCUGCAUGCUGAAGAUGUUUCUCAUGCGGAGUACCAUGAGAAGCGUUUUCUAGUCGUGUUUCGGAAUUUGCCAUGCUCCAAUCAGCACGAUGCGCUAGAUUUGUGAUGCUGGUAAAGUGCGAGCCCAAACCUGUCAUGCGCAACAACCAAGCCCUGUGGAUUUGUCUAGCAGAUUUCCCACGUUGAGGACUAUGGUGUGGGGACGUUUUUCCGUAGGAUAGCGUACCUCAAGGACGCGUUGCUUGUACCGGAGUGGGAGGAGAAUACGCAUCGCAAAAAAGAUGUCUUGGUCUGAAAGAGAGCGAGAUCUGUCAUGCGCAUUUCGUAUGGCGGCAUGUUAACGUCCGUGAUGCACGCCCUACCAUCACAGUGACUUUAUUUUGUGGGCUUCUUCUUGAUGUUGCCUACCCGGCAUGAGAAAUGCUGCGUUCGCGUAGCGAAGACUGACUGCUAUUGCUGCUCACGCAAUACAACAGCUUGUUCUAAAAGCUUCCAACGCGAAAGCAUUAGAAUCCAGACUCAUACAUUAUUUUGCAUUUGAUCCAAAACCUUUCGGAGCGGUUUUUCGACCGCGAGUCCCCGGGCUGGCGGGGGAUCCACCUGGAGUACAUGUGGCGCGAGGACUCGCAGCUCUGGGGCGCGCUGCCCAUGCCCCUGGAGACGCGGGAGAUGACCAACGCGGAGAAAUGGCACUUCCAGUACCGGUUCGCGAAGACCAAGACCAGCAAAAAUAACCGGCGAACGAAUAAGGCCGUUGUGAACAGCGCCGCCACAACGGUGGUGCACAAGCCGGACGGCCGCGCGUACUUCAUCAACGCGCACAGCAUGCAGCUGCACGACAUGUGGCGGUGCGCCGAAAUACUGCGCGACCACGAGCGCUACAGCCGGUCCGGGGUAGAAUACGAACACGUCGUGCUCAGUCGGUUGGACGUGACCUUUUUUGCGCCCCACGCGAAUCUGCUGGGACUGCAGCAGCUUCAUCCCUCGUCUCCGCCGAUAUUGCAAAAAUCAGAAACGGCAGGUCGUGCGGCCGGCAAGAACACAAAGAACACGAUUUCCCGAGCCCUGACGUUCCAAAAUUUAGGCUACGACUACGAGCAGCCGCGCGCCAAAAUUUUGCGGCCCUACAAGUACGGCUGCUUCAUCCCGACCGGGUGGGACUGGACCCAGGGUCUCACGGACAUCUUUAGCGUGUGCAGCCGCCAGGCGGCCGAGGUGUACAUGCAAAGCCGCGUGCAGCUUCUGGGGCAGCCGGCGCUCGUGCAGCGGUGGAUCCAGAACGGCAUUCGCCGGCGGGGCAUCUACAACCCGGAGAUGCUGCUGCGCGACACGCUGCACCACUUCGGCGUGCCCGUCCAGCGGUACGACGCCGGCAUCUUCCGCAGCUGCUACGACCAGCAGCCACUUACACAAGAACCGAAUGCUGCCAGCACCGUGGUCGCGGGCGCCGCGGCGGCGGCAGCCGCGCACCCACGACCGCCCCUCGAGGACGGCGCUCUACUCGGGAGCGCGACCGCGCUGUACGACAAGGGGACCAAUUACGCGGCGCGGUGCCGAUAUCUCCGCAAAGUCAACGCGUACGGAAAGUUCGAGCGGCCGCCGAAGACGAGAAAACCGCUGGACCACAGCGUCGCGCGCUACAGCGACUUGUUUUCCGCGACAACCAGCGAGGACUCCAUCGACGCCGCCUUUCAGUACUUUCGCGCGAAGGUGGAGCUGUACGCGAACUAUAAAAUUCAGCCGUUCUACGUGUCGACGGCAAGGCACGACAUCCACCGCGCGCACCGUCACUACACGCGUAACAACACGGCCGCGCCCGGGAUGAUCGGGUAUACUGAUGUUGAGAUAGGAACAAGCAGCGAUACGCAUCGAGCAGGACCACCAGGUCGGGUGGGAGAAGAUGGUGUGCCGGCUGAGGUCGUAAAACAAGCCCCGACGAGUCGUGUUGAUGAUGCGACGAUGAACAAUACGGAAAUAUUCUCCGAAAAUGGUUCGGAAUUAAUGUCACCAGCUGGUACCGGCACAACGCAAAAGAACGCCGUUGACCUCGAAGACCCGAAAUGGGUGCAGCACUGGCGGCGGUAUGAACACGACUCCUGGCACGGGCCCUGCCGGGACGGACAGCAGCUGAUGUCGGUCUAUCACCGCAACGUCGCGGAACUGGACGCGAAGCGCGUGCUGUGGGCGAAGGCGGACCUGCGCCACUACGCGGCUACCCGAGAGGCAGAAAACGCGCUCGCCCUCGCAGCCGCGGGAGGUAGGGUGGAGGACGCAGAUCAUGGAAUUCUUGGCGGCGGCCAAAGUGCUUCUAACAUCGUGUCCACUUCCGCGACGACGAACGGCGCAGACAGCAUAAGCUCCGCCACCGAAAAGGCGGGGGAGCAGUUACAGCUUGAGGACGAAGAUCUGAAUAGCCACGUCUACUACGAAGGAGUCUACGAGGUGCACCACACGAACGAGAAAAUGAUUGUGGACCAUUUAAAGAAGCUGGACCCGGUGCUCCGGCUACUGGAAACCAACCACCCGGAGAAGCAGUGGCCCGGGCACCGGAACGGCGACUUCGGGGUCGGCGUUGACGGGUACCUCGUGCAGCGGGAGGCCAUGACCAAGGACUCCAGCCGCCGCGCCGUCGCGUUCUGCCAGACCGCAAAGGAGGAGGAAACGGCGAUCAUGUACCAACUACGGGAACUGUCCGACAACCUCAACCACUACUACCACCACUACAUGGACCAGGUUCCCUCGAAAGUCAGCCAUUUCUUGGAAACGGUGUUUCCCUACUUCGAUCUAAGCCGCGUCGACUUCGGGUCGCAGGGGUGAAGAACUGUUUUACUUAUUCGUUGUGUAAAUGCAUCUUGAUCUUCUUCGUUCUCGCUCUCGCAGGAGCGAAAGUGCCAUGCGUUUUGUUCGAGCGCGUCGUCGGUUUGGGGAUCAUCGCGCACGUUGCGGC